AUGGAGGCCUUGCAGAGGCAGCAGGCUGCCCGACUGGCCCAGGGAGUGGGGCCAUUGGCCCCUCCACGCCCACCGCUACAACGGCACCCCCUGCCUGGCACCCGGAUUCUGCAGGCCCCUGAGGGGGCCUUGAGGGAGGUUGGGGCUGAGGAAGAGGAGGAUGCCCAGGAGGAUGAGGAGGAGGAGGAAGCCCAGGCAGAGGAGGAGACAGCCGAGCAGAGCGAUCCAGGGACCCUGGGCCCCAGCUCACCUUCCAGACAGCCCCCUGGACCUCACUCCCAUGAGUGGACCUACGAGGAACAGUUCAAGCAGCUGUACGAGCUCGAUGCAGACCCCAAGAGGAAGGAAUUUCUGGAUGACCUGUUUAGCUUCAUGCAGAAGAGGGGAACGCCAGUGAACCGCGUGCCCAUCAUGGCGAAGCAGGUGCUGGACCUGUACGCGCUGUUUCGCCUGGUGACGGCCAAGGGUGGCCUGGUGGAAGUCAUCAACCGGAAGGUGUGGCGCGAGGUCACACGCGGCCUCAGCCUGCCCACCACCAUCACGUCGGCCGCCUUCACUCUACGCACCCAAUACAUGAAGUACCUGUACCCAUACGAGUGCGAGACGCGGGCGCUCAGCUCCCCAGGGGAGCUCCAGGCCGCCAUCGACAGUAACCGGCGCGAGGGCCGUCGACAAGCUUACACAACCGCCCCGCUCUUUGGCAUGGCGGGGCCGCCCCCUCGGGGCACUCCAGGUCCAGCCUCGGGUCCUGGCCCCGCCCCGUCCGCGCCCACUCCGGGUCCUCGUCCCGCCCAGGGCUCCGCCUCCGGCCUGCCAGCCCACGCCUGCGCUCAGCUGAGCCCGAGCCCCAUUAAGAAAGAGGAGAGUGGAAUUCCAACCCCUCAACUGGCACUGCCUGUGGGUCUGGCCUUGGCACCUGCACGAGAGAAGCUGGCACCAGAGGAGCCUCCAGAGAAGAGGGCUGUGCUGAUGGGGCCUAUGGACCCACCUCGACCUGUGGUACCCCCUGGUUUCCUGCCCCGUGACAAGGUUCCCCUAAGGGACGAGCGUCUGGAUGGGCCUCUCAAUCUGGCAGCCAGUGGUAUCAGCAGUAUCAACAUGGCCCUAGAGAUCAACGGGGUGGUCUACACUGGCAUCCUCUUUGCCCGCCGCCAGCCUAUGCCAGCUUCCCAGGGCCCAGCCAACCCUGCACCCCCACCUCCUACAGGGCCCCCUUCCAAUACCUUACCCUGA